AUGGAAGAACAACAAUCAAAACCUGUCACCUUUGAUUUAUCAUGGUCAUUGGACGAAUCACGACAAACUCUUUCAUCAUCUUUGUUUCGCGAUAUUCCUAACGAAAUUCUUUUACAUAUUUUUCGAUUUCUCUCUGUACCUGAUCUUUGCCGAAUUUCUUCUGUUUGUCGAGCAUUCAAAAUACUUGCUGACCGCGAUGAACUUUGGAAAGUCAAAUGUGAUACAUCAAAAAAACUUUAUUCGAAAUCGUACAAACAAAUCUAUAUUGAAUGGAUUCAUGAAAAAUCAAUACGUAAUCAAAAGUUAAAUCAAAUACGAAUGGAGCGUAUGUACAGAACCGCAUGUAUUAUCCGUUUACCACCUUCUUAUCCGCAGCGACCAGCAGGUAAACAUCACUUCCAAUCUAUUGGUUCUUUUAAGCAACAUCCAAAUUCCACACGAAAUAUGGCAAUUCCGUUAUCAGUUGAUAUCGAUGAAACAGCACCUAAGUUAAUAUCGUUGUCAGAAAAAACAGGUGCUUUUCUAAAACAAUGGUUUUCACCAUCAGUACUAAAACAAAUGAUCCAACGGUAUUAUCGAUUCAUGCAACUGAAAGCAUAUCAUCCAACAAAUACUCUUCUUAUUCCAACAUUGGAUAUUGAAAUCAUUUGGCAAACUCAUCUACUUCGACCAGAAAUGUAUGAAAAAGAUUGUAUUCGUUUGUUUCGUCGAGUCAUUGAUCAUUCAUUAGUUCUCAACGAAGUAGAAAGUUAUUUUAAACGACAAGCAUUCAUUGAUACAUGUCAAUUAUAUGAGGAAAAAUUCGGUGAAAAAUAUUGUACAUUACCUAAAAUUGAAGAAGAGAAAAAUGAUAUACGUGUUCGUGAUCUACACGCAUUUAAUUCGCGAAAGAAGCAACAAGAAACAUAUUCCUACUGGGAUGAAACACAGUUCGAAUUUUUAUCAAAAUCGCCUCAAGACUAUGAGAAUCCGUUUUCAUUUACUGAAGGAGACAUUAAGUUGGAUGGAGAAUGGUUUGAGUUAUGUAAACAAUUUAUGUUCGAUGCUUUCAAAAAGUUGUCGACCCCUAUUCGUCAUUACUACAGUUCCGAACAUAUCGAUCUAGGACCAAACGCAUUACGACGAUUGAAAAAAUCAUACGAACGAUUUUUGUAUAUGGCUGCAAAAUAUCCUCUGAAGGAUGGAAAUGGAUUUAUUCCACCAACAUAUGCAGUUGAUAUUAUUUGGCAUUCUCAUAUGCAAGAACCACUGAAAUAUAUCGCUGAUUGUGUUCGUUUAGUUGGUUAUGUUAUUUAUCAUGAUCCAUGGCCAAUAGUGGAAGAUGAAAAGAUGAAAAAAUCAUGCGAUAAAGUGGAUCAAAUUUGGCGGGAUGAAUUCCAAUGUGAAUUGGGCACAGAUCAUCUUUACGAUACAUCAAACAAUAAUAAACAUUCGCUCGCUGAGGAUUAUUGGGACAGGGGUUCGGAUGAUGAAAUGGAUUUGGAAUAA